UUGUCAGAGGGUUCGCUUGGUGGGACUAAUGGAAUAUCCGGACUGGAGCCUGGUAGAUUGGAGUCAAUAGGUAUCUAGGACACAUUUUUCCUGAAAUCAUGGUGUACCACCCUGAAUUUGAGAGGGCUGGGAAGAAGUCUGGUCUCCAGGUGUGGCGAGUUGAAAGUCAUAACCUUGUAGCUGUGCCAGAGAGUCUGCAUGGAGGGUUCUACACUGGGGACGCGUACCUGGUUCUCAAUACCAUCAAGAAACGAUCAGGCAAUCUACAGUAUGACCUUCACUACUGGCAAGGAGAUGACUGCACAGUAGAUGAAAGUGGGGCAGCAGCCAUUUUUACUAUCCAAAUGGAUGACUACCUUGGUUGCAAACCUAUUCAGUACCGUGAGGUGCAAGGUUGCGAGUCACAAACAUUUUCAGGCUACUUCAAAAUUGGACUUAAGUACAUGAUCUGGUGUAUUGAGGGAGCUGACAAGGUGCCUCUGGAUCCCUCCUCCUAUGGGCAAUUCUAUGGGAGAGACAGCUACAUUAUCCACUACAAGUACCAGUAUGGAGGCCGUAACGGACAGAUCAUCUACACAUGGCAAGGAGUAGAUUCUAGCAAGGAUGAAAUCGGAAUUGCCAUCUUGGCUGCUCAACUGGAUGAGUCGUUGGGAGGAGGGGCAGUGCAGGUGAGGGUGAUCCAGGGUAAGGAGCCUGCUCACCUUAUGAGUGUUUUCUGGGACCAGCCAGUUAUAGUCCACCAGGGUGGUACCUCCAGAGAAGGCGGUCAGGCCAAGGUUGCUGAUACACGGCUGUUCCAAGUUCGAUCAAACCCUGCAGGCAGCACUCGUGCCGUGGAAGUGGACUAUACUGCCUCAAAUCUGAACUCCAACGAUGCCUUUGUGCUAGUGUCCCCUGCCGGAUCCUUCAUGUGGGUUGGAAAGGGAGCAAGUGACAGUGAGAGGAAAGGAGCUCAACAGCUUAGCAAACAUCUAGGACUUUCAGCUUCAGUGGUGGACGAGUUUGAUGAAACAGAUGACUUUUGGGAUGCUCUGGGAGGUAAAGCAGACUAGGGUACAUCAGAAAGAUUGAAAAACAAAAUGGAUGUUCAUCCUCCACGCUUGUUUGCCUGUUCCAACAAAACUGAACAGUUUAUUAUUGAAGAGGUGCCUGGGGAAAUAACAGAAGAGGACUUAGCACCAGAUGAUGUCAUGAUCUUGGAUACCUGGGAACAGGUAUUUGUCUGGGUCGGUGGAGAUGCUCAGGAGGAGGAGAAGACCGAGGCUUUAGCCUCAGCUGUUCGUUACAUAGAAACCGACCAUACCAAGCGGGAUGGCAGUACACCAAUAGUAAAGAUAAACCAAGGGCAUGAACCACCCACAUUUACUGGCUGGUUCCUGGGCUGGGACCAUAACUAUUGGAAUAGUGAUCCCCUGGAACGGUCCACAGCUGGUCUGUGUGUAUGAACCCACUCCGGGGUAGUUUCCCCUGGGAUAUAGAUUGAUUACAGAUCAAUUAGUUUUAAAAAAUUACAGAACUGAAUUCUGUCCAUUCAUCCCAUUACUUUGUUUUCUAAUAUAACGAUUACAGAGAGCACAUGGGUACUAUUUGUUGACUUGCUGUUUUGAUAUUGCUUUCUAGAAGAUAGCAAAUCUUUUUUUUUUUUUACAAUAUACGCUGCUCAAAAUAAUUGAUGGAACACUUAAAUCACACAUCAGGUCUCAAAGAAUGAAAUAGAUUUAAAGUAAAAAUCUUUAUUGUACAUUGUGUAAUUCGUUGAGAACAGAAUGAUGUAACAACAGUCAAUGAAAACCAA